AUGUGCGGAGUAUGGGUGCCGUCUAACCACUUCGUGUCUAUGUUUGCGGGACGUCGUUGCGAUGUGGUCGAUAUUUGGGAAAGUUUGCCGAGCAGGCAGGAAGGAAGUCUGCCGACAUCCAAUAGCAGGCCAUCGGAUCCUGCGGGGACCCCACACCUCGCACACGCGUCAAUUGAAGCCGGCAAGGUCAAAAUUGACGAUCAUCUUACCUUCUUCAGAAGCCAAUUGGCAGGAGCCUCUAGGGAUACACUACCCGAUAUUCCAAGAAUCUCAAUCUGCAAUUUUGCCACUCUCUAUCAGUCCAACCUCCAGCCCCAUGGCCACCACUUUGUCGUUCAUCAACACAAUCACCCUGUCGCAGGUGUGCAUUAUGACUUGCGUCUUCAAUUCUCCAAGACGAGUUCCAUAUCCUUCGCUCUACCAAAAGGACUGCCUGGUGAUCCGAAUUCGAAGAGCACGGGUAGAUUGGCGAUAGAGACUAGGGUACACAACUAUUGGAACCAUUUGAUUGAGUGUGCGGGUAACAAGACUGGAAGCUUACUCAUAUGGGAUACCGGAACUUAUAAUAACGAAGAAACCGAUAAUGACUCAGACAGCGAGGCAACAGUAAGACAGCGCAAAUAUGCAGACGAAGGGGGUUACGAGAACUCAAGGUUAGUAGCAGCUUUUAAAAGUGGAUACAUCCGCCUACGUCUACACGGCACGCGACUACCAAAAGAUUACGCAUUCACAUUGCGCCUCACAUCGAGCAAGAUGACCAAACAAGUGGCGGUAAAACGAAAGAGUCGGAAGCCUUCUCAAGCUUGUGUUGAAGCACAAAUUCCUACUACCUCGGAUGACGAGGGAGGUGAUGCAAACACAUCUGUGCAGGCGGAUGCAGAAAAUCAGGACUUAGAUACCAACACAAAUGUGGAUGACCAAACACACGUCACCAACGCAUACCCUGGCUCCUCGAACGAUAUUGGAUCAAUACAUCAGCGACAUUGGUUUCUUCAACUCGAUCGGCAGAACAGUGGUUUUCGAUUGGAGACAUCUGGUAACGAACGAGGGACGUGGACAGGAGGCUUCAAGCCUUUCCUCGUCCGUGGUCGGGAUCACGAACGGAGCGUCGUGACGGGAAGACUAGCACGGGAGGUGGAAAGUGACGAGGGACUGGAGGGCUUUGUAGGAAGGGGAGGAUGGACAGGAAUCGAAUAUUGA